CCCCCCCGCCGCCUCUUCGCCGCCGCCGCCCGCCGCCGGAUUCUCCUUGGCGACGGAGACGGUGACGGUGAGAGCUGCGCUUACUCGAAGCCGAUCCUGGUGCUGGACGUGGUGUGGAACUUGGCCUUUGUUCUGGUCUCGGCGGUGGUGCUGUUGUCCACUUUCAGAGAGAAACCCUCGACUCCUUUGAGAGUUUGGAUCGCUGGGUACGCUUUUCAGUGCGUUUUGCAUGUGGGUUUCGUCUGCUUCGAUUAUCGGCGGAGAGGUUUCGCGGAUCUCGUCGGCUUUGGUGGUCUUUCGCUUUCUCAGAGACGUACCAGCAUCAUGAAAAGGUUGGAGUCUGUGAAUACAAUUGUGUCAUCCAUCUGGUGGAUGUGUGGAUUCUAUUGGAUUGUAGAGGGUGGCCAAACACUUCUGCAAGAUUCUCCACGGCUUUACUGGUUAACAGUCGUAUUCCUCGCCUUUGAUGUGUUCUUUAUUAUCUUUUGCAUUGGCAUGGCAUUUGUCAUUUUCUUUGCUCUCUGCUGUUGUAUUCCAAUUGUAGCAUUCGCGUAUUCUAUGGCAAUUAGAGAUGGUGCAUCGGAAGAUGAUAUCAGGAAUCUUCCAAAGUAUAGAUUUUGCCAGGAUAGUUCUUCGAUGACCCUUGAUAAUGAUAAGAAGCAGGAUAUUCUUACAGCACAGUUAGAGUCAAGUAAUAACCACAUCAAGGAACUUGCGCUUAACCCAGAAGAUUCCGAGUGUUGCAUUUGCCUCUCUCGAUAUGCCGAUGGAGCCGAGCUGUAUACGCUCCCAUGCAGCCAUCAUUUUCAUUGUGGUUGCAUAAGCAAAUGGCUUCGAAUAAACGCAACAUGUCCCCUCUGCAAGUUCAAUAUCCUGAGGAGUGAUACUUUGGUUUAAUAAUAUUCUCCACAGAUGGAGAAUUCUUCUAACAAUCCAGAUGGUCAUUUGCUGAUCUGCUGACAACUGAUGGUAAAAGGAAAACUUAGGAAAAAGAAAGAGCUCUUUACUUUCGCGGUUCCCAUCCCAUCAUCGGGAUUUUUUCUUUUAUGUUUUCCUAAGCCUCUUUGUGCAUAGAAUUUCAGACUUAGUUUGCGGUUAUUGUAUAUUAUGUAGAUGUGAUAAGAGAAUGAUGACCAUUUGCCUAAGACUGCUCGUUUUAGUGGCACCGGAGGGUUUGGUGGGAUGAGUUUGGGGGAGGUUGCGGCUUUAAUCCCGUGUUAUAUUAAAAAAAAGAGAAGUAUGACCAUUUGGAUAGUACUAGUACUA